GGAACUGAAAAUGAUGAAACAUGCUCAUCCUCCGCAGCAGACGCGUCAGCAUAUUCUUCUUCAGUGGGAGUCGUCCACGCAUCUCCUUGACUUUAAGCUAUUUAAGUCCCUUCCAGCUUGCCGACGGUCGCUCAGCUUUCUCUGUGACCUUCUCACGGCUGGGACCUGCAGCUCAAAGACAGGUGUAAACCUCAGACCAUGGGGGACUGGUCUUAUCUGUCUCUGCUGCUGGAUAAAGUUCAGUCCCACUCCACAGUGGUGGGGAAGAUCUGGAUGAGCGUCCUCUUCCUCUUCCGGAUCUUCGUUCUGGGUGCUGCUGCGGACAACGUGUGGGACGACGAAUCGUCUGACUUUUCCUGCGACACUUAUGAACCUGGAUGUAAUUACCUCUGCUACAAUCACAGCUUUCCCAUAUCUCACGUGCGCUACUGGGUCCUACAGAUCCUCUUCGUGUCCACGCCCACCCUGUUGUACCUGGGCCAUGCUGUGUUCAUCGUCCACAGAGAGAAGAGGAUGGUGGAGGAUGGGGAUGCGCUGAAGAAGUCAAGGUACACGGAUGAUCGAGGGAAAGUGAGAAUAAAGGGCAUCCUGUUCUGCACCUACAUGACCCAGCUGAUCUUCAAGAUCCUCUUGGAAGUGGGCUUCACCGUGGGUCAGCUCUACAUCUACAAGUCACAAAUCAUUUCCCUCUAUAUCCCCUGUGACGUUGAGCCUUGCUCAAAAUCCACUGGCGUUGAGUGUUACAUCUCCCGCCCCACAGAGAAGACCUUCUUCAUCUUCUUCAUGUUUGGAGUUACGGGCCUCUCCGUGCUCCUCAACAUCAUUGAGAUCAUCUACUUGCUGUGCAGCAGGAGGAGAAAAGCCACAAAACGGACUCUGAGGCAGCAGUAUGCUCUCAGCUCACAGCAGUACUCAGCCAACCCUGCUUGGAAGUCUGCGGGUGGGCUAUACGUUGGGUUACCAGGACCAACUCCCCACGUUCUGUCAGGCAUGGAUGACACAGGAGAGGACUCAAGCAGCAAGGAGAAGAAGAGCUGAUGAUUGUUGUGGAUCAAGCGCAGACAGUAGACAGCUCCAAUUUUGCUAACCCUUUUUGUUGCACUGCUACUGUUAAGUUAGGGGUGGGAGGGGCUGUAAGCUAGAGGGAGAGCAUGUAAACAGAGAGCUCUCAGUAAUUGGGAGGGGAAUUUGGGCCAGGUUUACUCUGCGCCCAUAACUCAGAGAAAAAUUUCUGAUGAACUCCUGCCGCUGCAGAAACUAUGUUUUAGAAAAUGAUAAGUUUUUCUAUUUUGGCUAAAAACAGCAUGAUCAUCAUUAAAGACCACUGGGAACGCUUUUACAAUAGGAACACUGACUGAAUGUCAAUUUCACUGCUGUCUAUCAAAGGCUUUUGCAAAUAAAGAAAAUGAGAAAAUCAA